AUGAAGUUGUGGGAUUCUCUUGAAUUUAGCGACCAGGGAACGAUGGACGAUAAGAGUUUUUUUGAUGGUUUUUUUAAGUUGUCAAAAACACAGCGACUUUAUGGUUUCGGAAUUUGCUUUGCUGCUGGUUUUGCUAUUAGCAUAAUUUCAACGAUUGCAUUGAUUCGAGGAGAUGUAGUAUUAUUUGCGAUUUUUUAUACUAUUGGUAAUAUUAUAUCUUUUUUAAGUACCGGUUUUCUUGUUGGAUUCGGAAAGCAGUUCAAAACAAUGUUUGCUCCAGUUCGAUGGAUUGCCAGUGCAAUUGUUCUUGUUGUAAUUGCAUUGACUUUAGUUGUAGCGUUUUGGUUGAAAUCAGGAAUAUUGUGUCUUAUCUUGUGUAUUAUUCAAUUUAUGGCGUUAUUUUGGUAUAG